AUGGUGCAUCGUUUACUCCUGGCCCAUGCCGCUCUCAACCUACUGGUUGCGGGCCAACCAAGCUCUCCUGAUUGGGAUCAGUUUUGUAGAGAUGCUCUGCAACGCGAGUCCUAUUGUAUGCCCUACAAGGUUGGUGAAGGCCGAGUGUGUUACGGGAGUGAACCUCCUCUCCCCUGUGGUCCAUCCCUUGCUGAUGACUGCGCUGCUCUACACCCAAGUGCAGGGCGAACUAUUCUCCAGGAUCUUCCCGGUGACCCAAUGGCUAACUAUGUGUGGGGAAGAGCGGAAGAUGUGAACGAGUGCCUCGAGACCCUGACCAUCACCAACUUCGAUGCCUUGUUCACUCUUCACAAUCUGAAGUACGGCUUAUCAGAGACCUACGCCUUCACGGACAUUGCCAACGGGCUGAAAAACUCCGCCCAAAGCAACACCUGCGGGUUCCUUCUCCAUGAUCUCGACGUCGACAUCAAAUCUUUUUUUGAUAAGAGAAUUGAGGAGUAUUCUCGUAUUCUAAAAGGACUAAACUAUUCAGAGCAGAAGAGCUUCCUCGGAGAAAGUAUCCCGGCGACGACUUUCCAUCUGCCUCUUCAACGAGAGUUGAACAGACUGAACGAUGCUCACACAAGAUACGAGGCUCCCUUCACCGACUUCUACUAUGUGCUGCCCAUACGCUUCGAUUCACGAAUGCAGGACGGGAUGCAGGUCGUAACCCUCGGCUUUCCUGACCUCCCCGACUACUAUCCACAACUCUACGGUGGGCCGGCGACUUCACACAAGGAGGGCGAUAUAAUAACACAGGUCGACGGUACGCCCGUUCUACAGUGGAUGCAAAAUAUGGUGGCUGAUGAUGGUCCGUAUGUUGGAAUUUAUCAGGGUUCUCUGCAGAGGCUCAACAACCGCUUCUUUGUGCGGCCCUACGUCGACCGGUACGCCCGUACGGAACCGCCGCCCACUGGGCCGUUGAACGUGACCUUUUCUGACGGUUCCGUUGAGACGAUCCACUGGCUGGGUAGACUCACCGACUUUUCCAAAGGCAUCAAACAGGACGCCGUCAAUCUGCCCUUCCUCAACGCUCGGGCUAACACGAAUCCGUUCUUCGAGGAAACAGUCAAGCUCGAGACAGAGCUCUAUUCGAAAUGUGAUUCAUUGUGGCACCUUAUGCCCGAGAAUUCACGAGACGCCAGCCUCACCGCAGGACUCGACAGCAUCUUCGCCUCCGAAGCCCGCGGUCGGUGGGAUGAUGAUCUCUUCCGUGCGGACGGAGGUCAGGGUACCGGGGAGGAUACCUUCGUGCAAGGUAUAGGUUAUGAGUAUGCCCUUGUUGGUGACGCUGUCGUUGUGUAUGUACCGAAUUUCGAGCCAGACGAUGGUUCGAGCUCUUUGUCAGCUCUGCUCUAUGGGGAAUUUCCGGAGGUGCAGGACUUCGCGAAGCAGCACAACGUCACCCGACUACUAUUCGACCUCUCCUCGAAUGGGGGUGGGUUCAUUCUCUCUGCUUUCGCACUUCAAUGGUACUUCGCGGAAGCCAAGGAUAUCUGCUUCCCUAUAGUUCGCCAUAUGACGGACAACUGGCAACUUUGGGUAUCUUCCUUUGGUGUCAACUAUGAUGAGGUCAUCGACGGUUUCUUCAGCUCCUAUCCCGAAAUAGUGGGAGACCCGGUUUUCAUACACGGACGUUUCGAACAGCUCUACGAGCUCCUCAGCUAUGCCGAUUCAUUACUUUCUGACAGCGAUACGCCCGAAAGUGAACUAAUGGUGAACCAACAGAAGCCGUGGUUGAAUUCGCACGAGUCUUCAAUAUUGUCUCUACCAAGCGCUCCCCAGCGAGCUGAAGCUUUCAAACGAUUCCUCAAGGAAAGGCAGUUCCUCGAUCCCUCUCAGCCGUUGGGAGCUGAGCUAGCACCAAAAUACGGUUGGUUCUUGUUCGACAACAGCUGGCUUGUGUCACCGCUGACGGGUAAACGCUUCGAACCGCCACUGAGUCAGUUCACCGAAUACAGGAGUCGUACGUGGGGGAAGGAGUCUAACUACUCAGCUGAAGCUAUUUGGGAACUCUGCCCUCUCUAUCUCAAUGGGAUGAGACAGAUUGCUGGCCCCGACUACGACAAGAACUACUGGUCGGAAGUUGCCUUCGUCACCGAUGGUAACUGCGGCUCUGCGUGCUCCAUGUUUACGCAGACUCUUCAGCUAUCGGGUAUCGCAACGGCAUUUACCUUCGGUGCUUUGGCCGAUCAGCCCAUGGACGUCGCUUCUUUUGGCGGUGGUGAUGAGUAUGAAUAUGACGAAGCAAUUCCCUUGAUCAACAUCGCUAGCCAUCUUGGUCAUUGGGCAACUUUAGGCCAGUCGGAGUGGUCGAGACGAUACGAGACCAGCUGGGUCAACAAGCCCGUACCGUUCCCGAACAGCGCUCGGGUGAAGUAUACGUGGAAUGGGGGCCUCACUGCUCAGCUUGGGCCUGAGUCUUUGCCAAGGCAGUUCUAUAUUAUUCCACCUCACAAGCAUUUGAAUAUGUGGGCACGUAAUUCAGCGGAAAGGGCAGCAAUAUAUGAGGAGAUUGUCAGCAUCAAGAGCUGGACGGAGUUGAGAAAAAACCCGCAGUUCCCCGAUAUGGGAUCCUGCCCGACUUAUGUCAAGAAGGAUCCGAGCGAAUCCGCUAGGGGAGCCUUUCAAAUAUGA